AUGCCCCGGGGCUUUUUGGUGAAGAGGAGUCGCAGACCUACGCCCAUCUCUUACCGGACGCGUUGCUCCUGCUACCCGGGCGCUGGGCUGGAAGGAGGAGGCGAUCCGGGGCAGCUCUUGGUGCCUCCGCCUUUUCCCGCCCCUCAUUUCCCCAGCUCAGUUUCGGCCUCGGAAUCCGCCGAAGCGGCGCUUCUGCCUGCGCCCGCCGCGCCGCAGUUCGGGACGCCGGAGGGCCCCUCUUCGCCGGCGCCUCUGCACAGCCCAGCGCGAGCGGUGAGCGAGGAGCGUAGCCUCCACCUGGCCUCGCCCGUCUCGGCCGAGUCCUUCCCGGCGCCGGAACCGUUACUCUUGGGCCCUGGAGGAGAACUCAAGCUUUGGGCAGUCGCGGCCGCCGCCGCCGCCCUCGCUUCUGGCCCGCCGCCUGUCCCCCAGCGCAGCCACGGGCCGAGCCCAGGCGCCUCGAAGCGGUCUCAGGGCAGGAAGGCCAAGGCGGCCCGCAAGUUGCACUUCGAGGACGAGGUAACCACGUCGCCCGUGCUGGGCCUGCGGAUCAAAGAAGGCCCGCCGGAGCCCGCUCUGGCCGCGCAACAACUGCAGCAGCAGCAGCAGCAGCCGCCGGCUGGCUCGGCCGCGGGGCUGAGAGCGGGGAGCGCGCAGCCGCUGGGCGAAUUCAUCUGCCAGCUGUGCAAGGAGCGCUACCCGGACCCGCUGGCUCUGGCUCAGCACAAGUGCUCGCGGAUCGUGCGCGUCGAGUACCGCUGUCCCGAGUGCGACAAGCUCUUCAGCUGCCCGGCCAACCUAGCCUCGCAUCGCCGAUGGCACAAACCGCGGCCGGUCAACGGAGCCCCGGCCAAGGCCAAGCCUGCUCCGGAGGAGGCCGCCAAGGGAGGAGGGGGCGGCGGCGGCGGCAACAGUAGCAGCAGCAGCAGCGAGCGGGAUACGCCGAGUCCGGGGAGCGGCGGGGGAGGCAGCAGCGGAGAACCGGAGGCCUCCGGAGCCGAGGAAUUCGCCUGCCCUCGUUGCGCCAAGCGGUUCCGACGCCAGAGCGCCCUGCGGAAGCACCUGCCGCUCCACCACGAGCCCCUGGACGGCUUGUCCCAGGCUCGGCCGCCUCCCGAGGCCUGUCUUGAAGAGGCGGCGUCCGGCCACAGCCCCCUGAGCUUGUCCGGGGAGUGCCACCUCUGCCCGGUGUGCGGGGAGACCUUCCCCAGCAAGAGCGGUCAAGAGCGUCACCUCCGCGUUCUCCAUGCCGCCCAGGCCUUCCCCUGCAAAUAUUGCCCAGCGACGUUUUACAGCUCGCCGGGCCUCACCCGACACAUCAACAAAUGCCAUCCCUCGGAGAACCGGCAGGUCAUCCUGCUCCAGGUCCCCGUGCGCCCAGCCUGCUAG